AUGGCCGCUACCUCCGAAGCUCCCAAUAUGGACCAGCAGGUUGACCUUUCCACAAUCCCCAUCUCUCCCAAUGGCAAGAGUGAGAGCGCCGAGGCCAAGGACGGUGACAAGCCUGUGACUGUUUUCCACGAUAAGGAUAACUUCAAUGUUAAGCACCCGCUUCAGAAUAAGUGGACCUUGUGGUUUACCAAACCCCCGAGUGGAAAAGGUGACAAUUGGAACGAUCUGUUGAAGGAAGUCAUCACCUUUGACUCCGUCGAGGAGUUUUGGGGUGUUUACAACAACGUUGCCCCAGUCUCUGACCUAGCCCUCAAAUCUGACUACCACUUGUUCAAGGCUGGAGUGCGACCCGAAUGGGAAGAUCCUCAGAACAAGCAUGGUGGCAAGUGGUCAUUCCAGUACAAGGAGAAGCGAAACGUCGAUAUUGACCGCCUGUGGCUGCAAGUUAUGAUGGGUGCCAUUGGUGAGACUCUGGAGGAGGAGGACGAUGGCGAGGUCAUGGGUGUCGUUGUCAACGUGCGAAAGGCCUUCUAUCGUAUCGGUGUCUGGACUCGUACCAUUGGCAAAAGCAUUCCGGGCCGUGGAGACGGCGAUGUUGCUGGUGGCAAGGGCCGUAGCGGAGAAAAGAGUAAGGACAUUCUCAUGUCUAUUGGGAGACGUUUCAAGGAGGUUCUCGAGCUCCCCAAUAACGAACAGGUUGAGUUCUCUGGCCACUCUGAUAGUGCUCAUGCUGGCAGUACGAGAGCCAAGGCCAAAUACACUGUAUAA